UCUCUCUUUGAAGGAUUCCUCAUCUAAACCUCCAAUUUCCACUUCCCAAGGCUUCAGAAGCGAUUGAUGCACUCUCAUUGAAGGCUUCUACAUCCGACGCUUCCAUUGCCACUUCCCAGAUGAGUGUGGAGGAGAGGUUCAAGAUUAUUAGGAGUAUUGGGGAGGAAUGCAUACAGGAGGAUGAGUUGAUGAAUCUGUUAGCAAAGAAGCCGCAGCCCGUCUGCUAUGAUGGUUUUGAGCCAUCUGGUCGAAUGCAUAUUGCUCAGGGAGUUUUGAAGGCACUCAAUGUCAACAAACUGACUUCUGCCGGCUGCAAGGUGAAGAUCUGGAUUGCAGAUUGGUUUGCGCAGCUAAAUAACAAGAUGGGUGGUGAUUUGAAGAAAAUUGAGGUUGUUGGCCAAUAUUUGAUUGAGUUAUGGAAGGGUGUGGGAAUGAAUCUUGAAGGGGAUCAAGUGGAAUUUCUGUGGUCUUCGAAAGAGAUUAACUCCAGAGCUCAUGAAUACUGGCCUCUUGUUAUGGACAUAGCUCGAAGGAACAAGCUUCCACGGAUUUUAAGGUGUUGCCAAAUUAUGGGUCGGUCUGAGCAAGAUGAGCUGACCGCAGCCCAGAUUUUUUACCCAUGCAUGCAAUGCGCUGACAUAUUCUUCCUUAAGGCUGAUAUCUGUCAACUAGGCAUGGACCAGCGAAAGGUUAAUGUACUUGCAAGAGAGUACUGUGAUGAUACCAAGAGGAAAAACAAGCCUAUUAUAUUGUCUCAUCACAUGCUCCCUGGUUUGCAGGAAGGUCAAGAGAAGAUGUCAAAGAGUGACCCCUCUUCUUCUAUCUACAUGGAGGAUGAAGAGGCAGAUGUAAAUCUCAAGGUAAAGAAGGCUUUUUGUCCACCGAAGGUUGUAGAAAAGAAUCCAUGUCUGGAGUACAUCAAGUAUAUCGUCAUCCCUUGGUUUAAUGAGUUCAAAAUCGAACGAAAUACUGAGAAUGGUGGCGACAAGAUCUUCAAGAAUUUUGAAGAACUGGCUGCUGACUAUGAAAAUGGGAACUUGCAUCCUGCGGACCUGAAACCUGCAUUAUCAAAAGCAAUAAAUAAGAUACUAGAGCCGGUGCGUGAUCAUUUUAAGAAUGAUCAGAAAGCCAAAGACCUUAUGAAAAGGGUGAAGAGUUUCAAGGUAACGAGGUGAGGUUUUGUUGAAUGAAGUGGUGAAGCGGAUUAGGAGAUGAUGAUGGCUGUCUAAGAGCUACAUUUUUCUUAAAAUAACUGUGGUAGCUUGCGCGCUAUUUUGUUUCUAUUGCACUUAAUACAAUUAGAACUGUUUAGCGGGAUAGAACCUAUCUAAUAUUUCUUAUUCUUGUGUUAUUGAAAUUCAUAAGACUAAAUUGAAGUUAUUAAAAAAAGGAAUAAGACAAUUUUGUGAUCUGUGAUUUCACAGAGGAAA